AUGAAGUCUGAUGACAAUGGCGGCAUCGGCGAGGCCAAGUCCUCGCAACCUACUUAUGAUAACGAUAAAGAGGCUAUUCACACUACGGCUUCUGACGAGGAGUAUGGCCAUGGCGAAGUUGAAACUCACAGCACGACCAAGAGGGGUCUCAAGGCUCGCCAUGCUCAAAUGAUUGCAUUGGGAGGAACCAUUGGAACUGGCCUGUUCGUAGGAAGCGGAGGUACUCUUGCCCGAGGCGGUCCCUUGUUCAUCCUCCUGGCCUACAUGAUCCUCAGUGUUCUGGUUCUCUUCAUCGUCACUGCUAUCACAGAAGUGUCGGCCUACCUCCCGGUGAGUGGUGGGACAAUGAGUUAUUACGGACAUCGAAAUGUCUCCAACAGUCUUGGAUUCGCCAUGGGAUGGCUGUAUUGGUACUCUCUCGGUAUCCUCGUUCCAUACGAAAUCACUGCCGCCGGUUUGGUGAUAGGUUACUGGAAUUCGCCCGUUAACAUUGCUGUCUGGAUCACGAUCUUCAUCGUGGUGAUCGUUGGAUUGAAUAUCCUUCCUGUUCAAUUCUACGGUGAGACCGAAUUUUGGUUCGCAUCCCUCAAAGUCUUCAUGAUGAUUGGUCUCCUGAUCCUAUCAUUCAUCCUCUUCUGGGGCGGUGGCCCACGGCAACACGGCAUUCUUGGUUUCCACAAUUGGAAAGACCCUGGUGCAACAAACACCUGGCUUCGCCCUGGGGCCACAGGUCGUUUCAUCGCUUUCAUUGAGGUCCUAGUUCUGUCCGCCUUUCCUUUUACCUUUGCACCCGAAUUGAUUGUAGUAACCGGAGGUGAAAUGAAAUCCCCCCGCCGCAACCUUCCCAAAGCCGCAAAGAGGUACUUCUACCGCCUUGUAUUCUUUUACAUUGGCUCCGUUAUUGCCAUCGGGAUAAUUUGCCCUUUUAACGACGCCCGCUUGACCUCUGGCGGCGUAGGAGCCAAAUCCUCCGCCUUCGUCGUUGGAAUCGCCGAUGCUGGCAUCUCUGGUCUAGGAUCCGUAAUCAACGCCAUAAUCAUCACCUCUGCCUGGUCAUCCGGGAACUCAUUCCUCUACAUGUCCUCUCGCUCUCUCUAUUCCCUAGCAGUUGCCGGCAACGCCCCCAAGAUCUUCACCAAAUGCACCAAGCAAGGCGUGCCCUACAUGGCCGUCAUAGCCUCCGCGCUCUUCUCGCCCCUCGCCUACCUCAACUGCGCAAACAGCGGUUCGGUCGUCUUCGCCUGGUUUGUAAACCUAACCAAUACAUCCGGCUUCAUCUCCUGGAUCUGCUGCUGCAUCGUCUACAUCCGGUUCCGCAAAGCCGUCAUCACGCAGAACAUCCCCAGGGAAGAACUCCCUUAUCGAAGCAAAGUCCAACCAAUAGGAGCCUGGAUCGCGAUGGUGGCGUUUACGAUUCUGACGCUCAUCAAUGGGUUUGAUGUUUUCUUCCCCGGGAGGUUCACGGCGAGUAGCUUUUUGACGGCUUAUGUUGGAAUACCUAUCUUCCUUGGGAUCUACUUUGCUCACAGGGUAGUUAAUUGGAAGGAUGGAUGGGCGAUUCCUUCUGGAGAAGUGGAUUUGCUGACGGGGAUCGACGUCGUGAAGGCAAAUGAGACGCCCGAAGUUCAUGCGGAUACACUGAAGAAGAAGAUGAUGGGAUGGUUUACGUAA